AUGCUCGAUAGACUCGCGCCGGUGCUGGAUCGCGAUGCAGCCAUCACGCAGCAAACCACUCUCAUUGCAGAAAACAAGGCUCAGCUGCAAAAGCAACAAGUUACGCUUGAAACGCUAGUCAAGCAGGCUCAAGCCCAUGCAAAGACCCUUGGAGAUGUCAGAAAUUGGACCGAAAUGAUGGAACAUGAGAUUGAAGUCCUUGAACUGGCUCUCAAGAAGCAGGCUGUCGUUCAUGAUUGA